AUGGACUGUUGUAGUAUAGGAAGUUGCAAUGUUAGGGGGUUGAAUAAUAAAGGUAAGCAAGAGUCUGUGUUGGAAUUUUGCAAUGUGAAUAAAAUUGGAGUUGGGGGUUUGUUAGAAACUAAGCUAAAAGGGAAUAAAGUUCAGGAGUUGAUGGACAACAAAUUUACUACUUGGGAGUUCUAUAACAGUCCUAUUGUUGAGGGCAGGUUGUUGAUCAUAUGGAGGAAGAGUUUUGUUAGAGUUUUGGUAAUUGCUGAAUCUGCUCAGCAUGUUCAUUGUGUGGUUAAAAUGGCUGGUAAAGUUAAUGCUUUCUGUCUCACCUUUGUUUAUGGUUUUAAUGCUAUUGAAGACAGGAAGAUUCUGUGGUAUAAUCUGAUGCAACUCAGUUUUCCAGUGUCCCCUUGGUUAAUCCUUGGGGAUUUUAACUCGGUCUUUUUUACUGAUGACAGAAGUGGAGGGAAUCCUAUUUCGCAUUCUGAGAUGGUUGACUCUAAUCUUUGGUUAGCCCAAUCUAAUGUUGUAGCUCUUAAAAGAUUUGGUUCGAAUUUUACUUGGACUAAUAACCAAGUUGGCUCUAGUCGAAUUUAUUCCAAGAUUGAUCAUGCAUUUGUCAAUGAGGAAUGGCAUGAUUUCUUUCCUAACACAGCAGCUCGGUUCAGUUGGGAAGCAACAUCAGAUCAUUGUUCUUGUGUAAUUUCAGCUUCAGCAACAGAGUCUAUUGGGAUCAAACCUUUUCGGUUUUUUAAUUUCUGGGCUGAUCAUCAUGACUUCAAGACCAUUGUGGAGCAGAGUUGGAAGAGGCCAGUGACUUCUAGAGGGCUCAAAGGAAUAUACAUAAAACUAAUGAGAGUUAAGCAUUGCCUCAAGAAGUUCAAUCAUGAAGUGAUUGGCGAUAUUGGGAAAAGGUUUCAGGAUGCGAAAUCUAGUUUCAGCGAGGCUAAACUUCAAGCCUUCAUGGGCAGCAACAGUACUGUUAAUUCCAAAAUGAAUUUGAGUUGUAUUGAGCAGGGUACUAAAAUUUCUUUAGACCAGCAAGUAGGUCUGCUGAAGCCAUUUUCUGUUGUGGAAAUAAAGAAAGCGAUGUUCAGCAUUCCUGAUACUAAAUCACCAGGACCUGAUGGAUUUGGGUCUGGUAUUUUCAAGAGUAUGUGGCCUGUUAUUGGGGGAGAAGUCUGUGCUGCAGUUGUUAAUUUUUUUGAGACUGGUUUCAUGCCUCCAGAAUUUCAUAAUACCACGAUCUCUCUUAUUCCUAAACUUGAGAAUCCGACCAGAGCUUUAGAUUAUAGGCCUAUUGCCUGCUGUUCAACGAUUUACAAAUGCAUAUCUAAGCUUCUGUGUUCUAGACUUGCUUCAGUCCUUCCUAGUCUGGUUCAUCAAAAUUAA